AUGCUGGCUACCCUGGAGACGGUGAGAGUGAGUUUAUUUUAUACCUCAAGAGAGUGUGUUUUCUAUUGUAAAAAGGGUCAGGGUGGUCCGUUUCUGCUUCUGAUUCUGGAUCCUUCUAUCAUCCUUCUGCCAAACUAGACUGACUGACGGACUCACAACUUCAUUUGGUUGACUAAUAGACUGACUGACAGACUGACAACUUCAUUUGGUUGACUAAUAGACUGACUGACAGACUGACAACUCUGUUUUACGCAGCUAGAAUAAUUAUAAAUAUUUCCAAACAGUAAGUCUUUAUUGUCUGUGUGAGAGGGACCAACACUUGCAUAUAUUUGCUAGUCAAAGCAGACAGCGGGGUCAAAGGUAUGUGUGUGUCUGUGUGUCUGUUUGUAUGUAUAUGUGUGUGUGUGUCUGUGUGUGUGUAUGUACAUUUACAUUUUAGUCAUUUAGCAGACGCUCUUAUCCAGAGCGACUUACAGGAGCAAUUAGGGUUAAGUGCCUUGCUCAAGGGCACAGCAACAGAUUUUUCACCUAGUCGGCUCGGGGAUUAGAACCAGCUACCUUUCGGUUACUGGCACUACGCUCUUAACCACUAAGCUACCUGCCGCCCCUGUAUGUAUGUAUGUGUGUGUGUGUGUGUGUGUGUCUGUGUGUAUGUAUGUGUGUGUGUGUGUGUGUGUGUGUGUGUGUCUGUGUGUUUGUAUGUGUGUGUGUGUGUGUGUGUGUGUGUGUGUGUGUCUGUGUGUGUGUAUGAAUGUGUGUGUGUCUGUGUGUAUGUAUGUGUGUGUGUGUCUGUGUGUGUGUGUAUGUAUGUGUGUGUGUGUCUGUGUCUGUGUGUGCGUAUGUAUGUGUGUGUGUGUGUUUCUGUGUGUAUGUAUGUGUGUGUGUGUGUGUGUGUGUGUGUGUGUGUGUGUGUGUGUCUGUGUCUGUGUCUGUGUCUGUGUCUGUGUCUGUGUCUGUGUCUGUGUCUGUGUGUUUCUGUGUGUGUGUGUGUGUGUGUGUGUGUGUGUGUGUGUGUGUGUGUGUGUGUGUGUGUGUGUGUGUGUGUGUGUGUGUGUGUGUGUGUGUGUGUGUGUGUGUGUGUGAGAGAGAGAUUGUGUAGUCAAAGUAGCGAGCACGCUGUUGUGCGUCUUCAGAACAACAACAAACUGCCAGUCAUUAUUUACAGAACACUACCGACAGGUUCUGGUCCAUAAACUACUAUUAAAUAUAUACUACUAUGUAUUACUAAACAAUAACUACAGAACACUACCGACAGAACUUUUACAAGAGAGACCAGGGCCUGUAUUCACUGAAGUGUCUCAGAGUAGGAGUUAUUUGAUAUUGGAGAAGGAAUCCCCUGAAAAGUGUCUUGUCAGUUAUAGAAUACAUAAAGCAGGCAGUGAUGGGAGGAAAUAUCACAUGCUGAAGUGAUCCCCAUUCUUACAGUUCUUGUUGCAGUCAUUGUUGCAGUCCUUGAAGUUAUAUUCCAGUGAUUGUGUUCUGAGUUUUUUUUUUUGAGCUAGAAGAUGUAUAUAAACACAGAGUGUAUAAAACAUUAGGAACAUUAGGACAGAGAUUGACCAGGUGAAUCCAGGUCAAAGCUAAGAUUCCUCAUUGAUGUCACCUGUUAAAUCCACUUCAGUGUAGAUGAAGGGGAGGAGACAGGUUAAAGAAGGAUUUUUAAGCCUUGAGACAAUUGAGACAUGGAUUGUGUAUGUGUGCCAUUCAGAGGGUGAAUGGGCAAGACAAAAUAUUGAAGUGUCUUUGAACGGGGCAUGGUAGUAGGUGCCAGGCGCACUAGUUUGAGUGUGUCAAGAACUGCAACGCUGCUGGGUUUUUCACGCUCAACAGUUUCCCGUGUGUGUCUAGAAUGGUCCACCACCCAAAGGACAUCCAGCCAACUUGACACAACUGUGGGAAGCAUUGGAGUCACCUUGAACGCUUUCGACACCUUGUGGAGUCCAUGCCCCAACGAAUUGUUCUGAGGGCAAAAAGGGGUCCAACUCAAUAUUAUAUAUAUAUAUAUAUACACAGUAUGUAUACGCUGACCAUACUGUCUCCUCUCCUCCAGAUGGGUUAUAUCCCAGGCUGGUCCGGUCCUGCCCAGACCCCAGUAGAGGUGGACCUGGAGGUCAUAGAGGAGUACCUGAAGGAACACUCCUUGGACGUCCAACACACUCACACUCCUCCUACGCCCCCUGCCACGCCCGCUCAGCUAACACACACACACUCAAACCAACACCACGAGACCAGCAUCAUAGGUGAGUGUGUGUGAGUUGAAUGAUUGAUUGAGUGGUUAAUUUACUUAAUUGAACGACUGAUUUAUACAGUUGUUGAUUGCCUUUUUUGAUUGAUGAAUAAACUGAUUGCCUGAUUGAUUGGUUGAUUAUUUGAUAAAUUGAUUACCUGAUUGCCUGAUUGGUUAAUUAGUUGAUUUAUUGAUUGAUGUAUUGUCUCUCCAGAGAACAGCUGGUCUGGUCAGUAUGCGUAUGAGUGGCAUUAUGACUCUAAUACUCCUAAUAAGGAAUAUGAAGAACAGGCUCCGCCCACAGAAUGGCCUAGUCCUCAUGGCAACCACUGGGUGAGUACUAUGAACAAUACCCUCUCACACUGUAGGAGCCAUAAUGCAGAAAGUAGCAUUUAGCUAUUUUAAGUUAUUACAAUACAAUUAUUAUUUAUGUAUAUUUGCACAUUUGUAUAAUGUUAAUAUUUAGAACAUUCCAUUAUGGAGAUUUGUAAAGGAAAACCUGCGUGAUGUCAUUUGCCUGACGUUAUUGCUUAGCUCAUUAGGCACGAAGAAGUCGAUGGAGCAAUAUCGUUUUUGACCGUGUUAAAUUCAUUUUCUUUGUAAACUUUUCAUUACUAUAUCAAAGGUCAAACGGAGAAGCUUUUGAAUGUUUUUAUUGGCGUCAGACUCACUGCUUUUUACAUUGACUACUGUGGUGACUACUGAGGUGACUACUGUGGUGACUACUGUGGUGACUACUGUGUGACUACUGAGGUGACUACUGUGGCGACUACUGAGGUGACUACUGUGGCGACUACUGAGGCGACUACUGAGGUGACUACUGUGGCUACUACUGAGGUGACUACUGAGGUGACUACUGUGGUGACUACUGAGGUGACUACUGAGGUGACUACUGUGGUGACUACUUAGGCGACUACUGUGGCGACUACUGAGGUGACUACUGAGGUGACUACUGUGGUGACUACUGAGGUGACUACUGUGGUGACAACUGUGGUGACUACUGAGGUGACUACUGUGGUGACUACCGAGGUAACUACUGUGGUGACUACUGAGGUGACUACUGUGGCGACUACUGAGGCGACUACUGAGGUGACUACCGAGGUGACUACUGAGGUGACUACCGAGGUGACUACUGAGGUGACUACUGUGGUGACUACUGAUGGUGACUACUGUGGUGACUACUGAGGUGACUACUGUGGUGACUACUGUGACGACUACUGAGGUGACUACUGUGGUGACUACUGUGGUGACUACUGAGGUGACUACUGAGGUGACUACUGUGGUGACUACUGAGGUGACUACUGAGGUGACUACUGUGGCGACUACUGAGGUGACUACUGUGGUGACUACUGUGGUGACUACUGAGGUGACUACUGUGGUGACUACUGUGGUGACUCCUGAAGAAGGCUACUCCACUACACACAUACAACAUGACUACUACUGCUACAUGUUUACUACACACAUACAACACUACACGUUUACUACACGUUUACUACAUGUUUACUAAACACAAUACUACACGUUAAUAAGGAAAGAGGUUGACCGGAAACAGCUGUGGUUAAAUCUAAUGACGUACGUCAGACUCAUAUUUCAACUGUCUUACUGAGAGGAGUGUGUGUGUUUCAGGAGCACAGCACCUAUUCCUACGAGACGACUCCCUGCAGUGAGUCUGACUCCACCAGCUCGAUCUGUCUGGACUACCCUCCGUCCUCCCCUACCUGCCCCCUCCCCUGCCCCCCUGCUGACAGGAGAAACAGGAAGACUAGCGACAUACUGCCCUUCACGUCCCUCUCAGGUAACACCACUACACACUCCCACACACCACUACACACACACUCACCCACACCACUGCAUAUACUGACACCACAACACACAAUGACACCACUACACACAUUGACACCACUACACACAUUGACACCACAACACACACUGACACCACUACACACACUGACACCACAACACACUGACACCACAACACACACUGACACCACAACACCUACUGACACCACAACACACACUGACACCACUACAUACUGACACUACUACAGACUGACACCACUACAUACUGACACCACUACAGACUGACACCACUACAUACUGACACCACUACAUACUGACACCACUACAGACUGACACCACUACAGACUGACACCACUACAUACUGACACCACUACAUACUGACACCACUACAGACUGACACCACACCACACCACACACUGACACCACAACACCACAUCCUUACUCACCAGUGACCCCUGUCUCUCACUCUUCUAUCAGACCCACGUCCCAUCCAGCCACCCACACACCAACCCUAAUAACGAAGAAACACUAAUAAAUAAUGAUGUACUUACUUCCUGUUUCCUACCCCCGCGCACUGACAGGAAAGAGGAAGGAGCGUCUGUUUCCACUUCCUGUUUGAGAUGCUUCAGACUCCCUCCAUGCGGAGCUGCAUCUGGUGGGUCCAGUCGUCCUCCGGCAUGUUCCAGUUCUCCUCCCAGAACAAAGAGCGUCUGGCCCAGCUGUGGGGCCGCAGGAAGGGCAACCGCAAGACCAUGACGUACCAGAAGAUGGCACGAGCUCUCAGGAACUACAGCCGAACAGGAGAGAUCUGUAAAGUGAAGAGGAAGCUGACAUACCAGUUCAGUGAGGGAACACUGAGGGGGCUGCAGGGAGCAUGUUAGGGAGGGCGAGUAGGAGGAACACAUGCUAGCACAGUUACCUGGCAGGACACAAAGAUAAAUACUGAGUAUUUGUAGGAGGAAGUGGAAGAGAAGGAGGAG